UCACAGACGCGUUUAAGGUCACUCUAUUCGGGAUCGACCCUGCAGCCGAGGUUGGAGAUCAGGACUCAGCGAGAGCAAAUCUACUGUCAAAAUGUCUCUGUCAAACAAACUUACACUGGACAAGGUGGACGUGAAGGGGAAGCGUGUCAUCAUGCGGGUCGACUUCAACGUGCCCAUGAAGGACAAGAAAAUCACAAACAACCAGAGGAUCAAGGCUGCAUUACCCUCCAUUCAGUACUGCUUGGAUAACGGUGCCAAAUCCGUGGUUCUGAUGAGCCACCUGGGCCGGCCCGACGGGACACCAAUGCCAGGGAAGUAUUCCUUGGAGGCUGUGGCCAUUGAGCUCAAGGCUCUGCUCGGCAGGGACGUCCUGUUCCUGAAGGACUGCGUGGGUGCAGAGGUGGAGGCCGCCUGCGCCGACCCCGCAGCCGGUUCCGUCAUCCUGCUGGAGAACCUGCGCUUCCACGUGGCCGAGGAAGGGAAGGGCAAAGACGCCUCCGGAAACAAGAUCUCAGCUUCUCAGGAGCAGAUCAGCUCCUUCAGAAGCUCCCUGUCCAAGCUGGGUGACAUCUACGUCAACGACGCUUUUGGGACCGCCCACAGAGCCCACAGCUCCAUGGUUGGCGUGGACCUGCCGCAGAAGGCCGCGGGCUUCCUGAUGAAGAAGGAGCUGGAUUACUUCGCCAUGGCCCUGGAGAACCCCCAGAGACCCUUCCUGGCAAUCCUUGGCGGGGCUAAGGUCAAAGACAAGAUCCAGCUGAUCAACAACCUGCUGGACAAGGUGGACGAGAUGAUCGUUGGAGGGGGCAUGGCCUUCACGUUCCUCAAGGUGCUCAAGAACAUGGAGAUCGGCACCUCCCUUUUCGAUGAGGAGGGAUCCAAGAUCGUCAACGAUCUGAUGGCCAAGGCUAAGAAGAAUGGCGUGAAGAUCGCGCUGCCUGUUGACUUCGUGACCGCCAACGACUUCAAAGAGAACGCCACCACUGGAACCGCCACCGUGGAGGAUGGGAUCCCUGCUGGCUGGAUGGGCCUGGACUGUGGACCGGAGAGCUCCAAGCUCUACGCCGAGGCCGUGGGCAGGGCAAAGCAGAUCGUGUGGAACGGGCCAGUCGGCGUCUUCGAGUGGGACUUCUCCUCCCACGGAACCAAGAACCUGAUGGACAAGGUGGUGGAGGUGACGAAGAACGGCUGCGUCACCAUCAUCGGUGGGGGUGACACAGCCACAUGCUGCGCCAAGUGGGACACGGAAGACAAGGUCAGCCAUGUGAGCACGGGAGGCGGAGCUAGCCUGGAGCUGCUGGAAGGGAAAGUCCUGCCCGGUGUAGCCGCCAUCAGCAGCGUGUAAACAGAGAGGACCGGAGGUGGAGCCUCGGAGCCCACAUGUCACCAACUCCACGCAGGCUUGUCACCGUAGUGAUGCGAAUGAUGAAUUCCUUGCACCCCUGUGCACAGACAGCCAAAGACGACCCCCCCCCCCCCGGUCUUUGUGGAUUGGGGGAUGGAUUAUGAGAGCUUCCCACCAACUCUCUUAUUGGCUGUUCUCCACGCUGCUCAGGUCCUACGCCCCGCCCCCACGGUGUUCCAUGAACAUUCGCCGGCUCAUUCUCAUCCCCUUCAGGAAUUGGUCAUUUGGGAUCACCUCUGCAUUAGUGAAAACGUGUGCUUGUGUGUGUGUCUCUGCCCCGCCUCCCGUGUAGUGUGCUGUCAUCCUAAACCUGCAGCUUAUUGUAACGGUAGAGUUUAUAUUUUGUACUUGGUGUUCAGCUCCCACCCAAGUCUUGGACGGUUCCUGUGUUGUCCUGUUCUCUUCCCGAAGCGGCUUCUAGGGUAGGCCCGAAAUGGUUAUUAGGGACCAGCUCAGGCUGGUCGCGUGUCUGAAACUGCCUUUCAAGGAAUAAAACUCUUUAAAGGCAA